AUGACAAUGGCCUUAGAUCAAGCGAAGGAACUGCUUCAAGUGGAAGACGCGGAUGUUCGCUUUGAAUGCUUGUCAAAUAUCUGCUUUGAACUUUCAACGAAUUCUAAUGAUCGACGUUAUUCUUAUGAUGAGGCUUUUGAUGUACUCAAAUUGAUGUUUGAUAUGUUUUCGAACGAAAAUAUGUCUGACUUGCUUCUCGAAUUGACAGCCAGAUCGCUCACAUACUUAAUAGAAUUAUGCGAUCCUUCAGUACUGACAAAAAUCAGUGCAACCCAGUAUGGACAUAUUUGUAACCAUCUUGUUGUCGUUGAUCUAUCAACGACAUCAGGACGAGAACUCGCCGAGUGUUUGGUUAAACUGAUUGAGACCAUAACUCAGUUCAAUGCCAAAAUAUUGUACCAGGCUGGAGCUCCUCUUAUUUUGCUUAGAUUUCUUGUGAAGUAUCUGAGCCUCCAAAACCCUUUUAGAGACGUCAUUAAUUCGACGAGAACAAUUGCAGAUCGUCUCUUUCGAAUCAGUGAACCCUUGGAUUCCAACGUUAGCGAUUGGAUGUCAGUUCUAAAUGAGCUCUACAGUAGUGAUUCCAUCGAGGUUGUCAAAUGGACUCUGGAAAUUUUAGGCACUAUUUUAAGUCGUUUUCUUCAAACAGGUCAAGACCUAUCAGUCCUUCCUACUGGUGGCUUGGAUCAACGGCUUUCUCAUAACUUGUUUAUAAUUUGUAAGAAAAUUCAUCAAUCGCCGACCAGUGAAAAAUCACGUUUCUAUAACCCUUCCAUUUUCGAGCUUGCCGCAGCUUCCAGGAGUGUCGUCAGCAAAUCAGUUCCACAGUUUGAUAAAAGCGAUAUUUCGAGCAUAAUCAAACUGUUAAAAGUCUUAGUGGGGCUGGCGUUUUGUUCAAAAGACAUGAUUGAAAAAAUACUCAGUGAGGAAAACAAAAUUGCUUUCUGCAUCGUGAUCAUUCUGAAGCAUCUUCAUGACGAGGCCGUUCUUUCUCUGACCUUUGAGCUUUUGCAGGUGUUGAUACUCAGAUCAACCGAACUGAAUGCAAUUGGUGACAGCGACUUCUCUAAUUGCCUACACAGUUUUUUAUCCUUCAAAAAAGCCAUUGUGGCACUGAAAAGCAAUGAUGCUGAUACCCUUAACGAUCUCUUGUCUUUGGGAAUCGAACUUGAUUACGUGGACAAUCAGGAUCAGAGUAUUCUUGCCUGGGCUGCUGCUUACAGCAAUGUAGAAAUAGUGAAAAAGUUGAUUAGCCUUUCACCUAAUUCCAAUCUUGAAUUCGCUCUGGCUACGGCAGCAGCUUUUGGGCGAAAAUCGAUAUGUGAAAUUCUCCUGGAAGCUGGGGCCAAUCCUUGUAUUCCCGUAAAAGACGGAAUGAAUACUCUUCAACUACUGGAAAAAUUCGGGCCUCGAUGUGAUGAAAUAGUUGAUCUGAUAAAUAGUUCAGUGCAAUCUGUCGAAGCAGUAGAAACCGUUAAAUUUGGAACUUAUCGUUUGCUUCCAAUUUACAAAGAGGAAGUGCUUUAUUCAAAGGAAGGAAAUUCCUUCAUUAUAGCCAGCGAAAUACUCUUUGAGUUGGUUGAUAUGUUCGCGAAAACUCUCUCGGAAACGAUAAAGUACAAGUCCUUUUUAUUCAUUCUACGGCUAAUUCGAGGUCUUAACUCGAGGUGUGUGGAGGUUAUAAGCGAAAAUCGUGGAGACUUCCGUAUCUGCCAUAUGAUUCGCCUGGCUUUAUCUCAAGAGUCUAUCAAGAUUGUUCGUCUGGCACUACAAUUGUGUGAUGAACUUGUAAAGAAAGCAGGGUCAAUUUAUUCCCCUCUUUUGGACAAGCAUGGGAUCAAUGCUCUAAUUAAGACGGUCAAUUCUGUAAUGAAGUUGCCGAACUUCCAUUUCAAACUAUUGGACAAUUCCUCUGUUCACUCCCAAGCUCAAAAAGACUCAAUGAGUGCAUAUUCUGAUGACAACUACGUAAAUUCAGAUGACGAAUAUAAUGAAAACGGCGAGGAGGAAAGUAAAUGCUCUAACUAUGAUAACAAUUAUUCAGACCCAGGACCUGAGGACGAGACAGAGAAUGGAUUUGGUGGGAUCCAAGCUUCCAAGCUGCCUGAUCCGCCGCCCCGCGUCUAUCAACGACCAAGUGGCAUCGAUACAAUACCACUAGGUAGCUCUCGAUUCGAGACGUGGCAGCAAUGGUCGGUGGUUGUUUUUGGCGGCAUUCUCUUCAUCUUUUCGGAAAGAGCAGCGGUUAUGAUUCUCCUAGAAUCUGGAAAUAAGACUGUUUUUAAGGCAGCUUACUGUACUUCAGGUGGUAAAAAUGUCAUUUUAAUUGAGGAUCGAGCUACAGUUCCACUGGAAUCGGGGGAAGAGUUGUGGGAGAAGGUUGUCUACUUGGUUAGCAAGUUCAGAGAGUUUAGAUUUGAACAAACGGGUGAUCUGUUUCUUAAGUGGCCUUACUUUGAUACCUCUGGACAUAUGCUAGUCGAACGAAGGCGGUCUAGAUCUCAAGAACGCAGACAGUUGUCUUCUUUAAACAAUGGGCCCAAAAGAUCUUCAUCUCUUCCUGCAAUGAGAACAUUUGAGCCCCAAGGUGAAGAUUUCCAGUCUACUACUGCAGUGCAUUAUGCAAAGAAUGAAGAGAAUUACCCUGCAGUUAUUAAGGUCGGAGAUAUAUUGUUGGAUUUAGUUGAAACGCCUAGUGGUACGCCCUUCAUGAGGGUUUGUCCUGAUCACAAGGAUGCAGGCCAUGCUAUGCUGUUUUCGGCUUGUCUUCAACAGGGCUUCUAUCUCCUAAAUUUAAACGAUGGUGUUGUUUACCCAGAUUCUGGGUUGAUACCGGUGCGCAUGGAUGGGCGUAAUUGGGUGGUGCAACAUUUGAGUGGAGUCCUGGAAAAGGAUUUCGGUCAGAAGCUGAAUGUGCAUCGCGCAGGCUCGGAAGAAGGAAGUCGAGCAAUUCACUUGGAUGUUCUCAACUUGGCUUCGAAACUAACAUCCACAGAUGACCGAAUUCCUCAGUCCGCACCUCCAGUACAUGUGGAAAAGAAGAUUGAAAGUAGCAGAUCUAUGAUUGAUACUCUCUCUGAUAUUGAAGGCCAGAUACAAUCGGCUAUUAAGUCGAACUCAAAAGAGAAGGCGCUUAGAGUUUUGACUGAAGCUUUCACUCGUCUAAAAGACAUCUUCUCUCCCGACAAAGAGCCUAUCACUCAUCAUGAGAUUGCGUCAAGUAAUCUUGUUAGUGCAAUUUUAUUAUGUCUUUCAUCAAAGAAAUUGUUAAAGUGGAGAAAUUUGGUUCAGUCCAAUAAGGCUGAGGAUCAUUUGGUUUUCCUUGAAGCACGAAGAAAUGUAUUUCGUGGAAUCUUUGGAGACACGGAGAAUUUACAGAUCAUGGUGAUGUGCAUUCUUGACUCACUGGAUCAAACAGAAUGUCUUCCCCUGCAUAUAUUUGAACAAUUAUCAUAUUCCACGAGUUAUGUUCUAUCUGAUCAAUUGGGAUCGGGCAAAAAUCGAGUUAAGAUGAGAAACUAUCCAAAGUCUGCGCCUCCAAAUAAGAAUAAUUUGAUGACGUAUUUCGAUUUCACUGAUGCCAUGAUGGAAAAUUCACCGAAAUUGGCGACGCAGACACUUCCUCUGGGGAUUAUCGCGCCUCCAUUGCCUUAUUCCACAGAUUAUCACAAUUUUUUAACCGGUGGCGGAAUUCGUGGUGUCAUUGAUAAUCGCCUUUUCACUUUACUUGGCUCAUGGUUUCCAUCGUUAAGCGCCGAUCAAUGCACAGGUGUUGUUUCUCAUCGACAGGUCGACGAGAAUUUAACCAUGAAGAUCCAGCGCCAACAGAACUCUCCUGGAGAGAUCUUUAUUGACAAGGAGCUUCUUAUUCUUUCUCGUGGCUAUCGAUAUUCACAAUGCUUCAAUUUUUUGGACAAUAUGGAACAGAUGACCCGGGAUACGAGACCUCGCAACUCACUGCCCUUCCUUUAUAACCUCAUGCGAGGGAAGAAGAAUGAGAGGGGUGUUAGAGAGCUUCCACGCCCCUUGAAAUUAACAACGGGUCUAGUAAGAUGGCUGGGAACGUGUGGUGGAAAGGCAGUGGAAUGGAGAAAUCCCUGUAACCAACGUAUUGUGCUAUCUUGCAUCUUUGCUGCAUUUUGCGAUACUAUUACCUCUGAUCCGGAAAAUGCAGCAUUUGAGUUGGAGAGUAGUUCGACCAAGCAAUGUAAAAAAAUGGACGAUCUUUCGUGCAAUGAAGAUAUCUUGGAUGGCUAUGCGGUUGGCACACGAUGGACCUUUGAAACGGGUGUUCAUAUUAUUCCCAGUGUUUUUCAAGUUAAUUCUAUUCGCCGAGGAGGAAUAAACGGUCCAAUGAUCAAGCACUGGUGCCUUCAAGGUUCUGAAAAUGGAAGACUCUGGGUCACUAUGUAUGUCUCUGAGACUGCUUUAAAGGGUGAUAAACCAGUACUCUUUCCUCUGAACGCUGAAAACUACAAGAUUUGGUCUGGUCGGCUUAGCGGCAGCCCACACACCACAGCAUAUGCUCGAAAAUUGUCUCAUGGUGAGGAAAAUCUUGUAAGAGCUGGUGUGUGUACACGAGGAGAGAAGGUGGCUAAUUUCGAACCCCCCUCCUUCCGAGUUUUCCGAAUAAUGGAUCUGACGUCGGUUGGUAAAGCCAGGAAAAUGUUUGUUAGCGGAUUUGAUCUAUUUGGAACAGUGAAAUAUGUUCACCACAAUUUGCUCUAUACAUAUCGAAUUGGUGGUUCGCCUAGUGAAAAGCUUGCCAAGAAAAAGCCCACGCCCAAACGCAGACAACGCAGCGGAGCCCCAGGCGGUGAAGGUGAAGUUGCAAAUGGGCAAUCAGAUGUUCAGUCAGAUGACGCUAUUGAAAUUUCCUUUAAUGAGCUGGACUUGGCAAUGUUUGAUACUUCAGAUCAGAAUGAUGGAAGCUUCCACAGUUCGCAUUCCGUCGAAUCCACUCCCUUCCAAUCUCCAAUGGCACCAAGUUCGCCAGAAUCGGUGUCUUCGGAAAAAUUUUUUGAACUAGAUGUUGACGAAGAAGGUCGAACGGACAAUGUGAGUUCAGCAUUGAAGGGCGUAAUAAGUGAAAACGAAAUGGCUUUGAAUUCACCUGAGUCAUUGCCUUCGGGAGAUUUCAUCAACAACUUUGAACCAGAAGAAGUCCAGACCGCGACUGAACGAAGUGAGAGGGAAUCCACGAAUACGUCAAUGGCUGAAGUAGUUGUUGUCGACCAAGACCAAAAUCAAAAUCCUCCAGAUGUACGGACUAGACCAACUGAAGUGUCUGAAGCUGUUGAAGUCAUUCCUGUCGCUUCUUUAAACGGUGACAGCCAAGAGGUGGGGGAGCAGGAAGCAGAACCUGAGGCUGGAGUCGAACGGAAUGUUGCUGCUAAUCCUGAGUCUGAAAUAAUUCCCGUGAAUAAACUGGGAGAUAUGUACAUGGUUGAUCAAGUACAGCGAAUAGUAGAGGGACGUGAACUUAAUCGUUUGCCAGUCCCUAUAGAAACGGUACCAGCAAAUUCGAUUGCUCCUUCCCUGGUUGAACACUAUCAUCCUCAACGACAUUCUUCUGAAUCCGCUCUCGCUUUGUUCACUCCUCGUAUUACUCCCGAAUCUACCGACAACGGGUUCGAACACUUUCUUGAAAAACCACCUUCAUAUGAGCUUGAAUUUGAACUUUUUGCCCGGCAGAAAGAUGGAAGGAUAGUGUCAUCGGUUCUGAUAGAUGAUACUGAAGUUCCAAUUUUACACUACCUUCUGAGAUUAGCCGAAAAUGUUCUCUAUUCCUCAGGGUCUGAUGCGGAAUUAGACUUGAAUGACCCUCCUCUAGUGAGCUUAACUUUAGAGUAUCGUAUACGUGUUCCAAGUGUUAAACAUCAGUCGGCGAAAUCAUUAUCAAGACCGAUCUUAAAAGCAGGUUCUUUCCUCUCCUCGAGGGAUGUUCGCCUAGUUAAUUUCCAAAGCAAACUACUAGAAAAUUUGGGUGUGUACACAUCGUCAGGCGAUAUACCAAAACGAAUGGAGAAUCUGCUGGAAGUUGUUAGCCUCUUCUCAAAAAUUUUCUCUCAAAGCAGUGAGAAAUUGGACUUGAAGUCUUUCAGACUGAAUCAGAAGUUGGAUCGUCAAUUGAAAGAUGUUCUUGCGGUGUCGUCGGGAGGCGUACUGCCAGAUUGGUGCUUGAAUUUGACCCAGUGUAUCACACCCCUCUUCGACUAUAACAUUCGAAUGAAUCUCUUCCGUUCGUGCGCUUUCGGGUGUGCAAGGUCUCUGUUGUGGUUGAAAGAAAUAUUUCCAGGAGGUCCUAAUACUGAUGACGAUACAGUUCGUGAUUACUCUACAAGUAGUGUGGAGCUUGGCUAUGCUUCCCGAAUUACGUCUCUUGUAGCUAGACAAUUGUCUGGUCAAGACUCGGCACAACAACAAAACUCACUUGACCACCAACAGGAUCCCUAUGCUGAAUAUGAAUUGGAUGAUGAGACAUUCAAAUUUCACAGUAGAAAUUGCAAUUGUCGAUAUAGCACAGAUAUUGGUAGACUCUUCAAAAAUUACGCCUUUGUACCGAGAGACUUGGAAGGGAAGGGGUCAUUCUACGCUUGGGCAGAGCGCAUAAUGGAUGAGCAUGCAGAAUGCAAACCUGAAUUGGAGGUGCGUUUCCAAGGCGAAGAGGGUACGGGCUCGGGACCCACAUUAGAGUUCUACAAUCUGAUCUCAUUAGAAUUCCGUCGAGAGUCUCUAGGAAUGUGGGUUUCGUCCUAUCGACUAGGAGAGUUUGUUCAUCACGAGAAUGGUCUCUUCCCUGCACCAUAUCCUAAAAAUGCUGUUCCUUUGGAAGUAAUCCGACGGUUUUACAUAAUGGGCAUUACCGUGGGAAAAGCCCUUCAAGAUAGGCAUCUUCUUGAUCUCCCUCUCUCAAAGCCCUUCCUUCAACUGCUUGCAAAUUAUGCCUCAUCAGUUCAGAAAUUGGAGAGUACUGUUGAUUCGUCUGGAUCUCUUGAAAGUAGCUUGAAACGCGCCACCAGUUUUGAGCAAUCAAGGGAGAAGGCGCUUCUUGGAGAAGAUGCGAUGUUAAUAGAAAGUAAUAGCAAUGUUAGAGGUGGACAUUGGCUGACAGGUGUGUUAGACUUUGAAGACUUUGCUGAAAUAUACCCAGACAAAGCCACAUUCUUCCGCCAAUGGAUGCAACAUGCAGAUGACGUCACUAAUGUGUACCUAGAAAGUCUCUGCUUAACCAUGUCAUAUCAGCUUGCAAGUGGAGAGGAAGUAACUCUUCAAGACGUCUAUCCUUGGGAGUCAUCUUUAGAAGGGGAUGAAGACCUUGCACCAAGUGAUAUAAACCUUGGAAAUUAUAAGGAUUACAUUCGUCGAACCCUUGAAUUCUGCCUAGAUAAGGGUAUUCGGGCACAGAUGGACGCUUUUAAAGUUGGCCUUGAGCGUGUUUUGUCAAUGCAGUGGCUAUCUAUUUUUACGAGCUCUGAAUUGGGUGAUCUCAUCAGAGGUUCAGCAGAUGUAUCCUGGAAUCGUCAGGAACUCCUCGAAUACACCGAACCAGUCAAUAACUACUCACGGGAUUCACCCGGUUACCUUCUAUUGAUUGACGUUUUAACUGAAAUGAAUUCCGAUGACAGACGGUCAUUCCUUCGAUUCGUAACCGGUACCUCGUGUCUUCCUGUUGGCGGUUUAAAGAACCUUCAACCCCGUUUGAAAGUUGCUAGGAAAUCCUCUGAAGAAGGACCUUUUCCCAGCGUUAAUACCUGUGCGCAUUAUCUCAAGAUGCCAGAAUUCACAGACGCCCAGGACCUCUUUCGCUCUCUCAAGAUUUCUAUGUCCCAAACUGGCUUUCAUCUCAACUAG